UCUGCGUCUAGUGACCCAGGAUGGUGGCCCUCGAGGACCAAUUUUAGUAUAGGAGCCGUGCUUUUUAGCUUAGAAAUAGAUUUACAAAGCUGUAGAUUUCGAAAAUGCAUAAAACGCGCUCGUCUACUAUCUGGAAAGAGCUGUCUAGACAGUAACUGACGAGACCAAAGCUGCAGGAAAAUGGACAGCGAGGUACAACGAGAUGGAAGGAUCUUGGAUUUGAUUGAUGAUGCUUGGCGGGAGGACAAGCUGCCAUACGAGGAUGUGGCGAUCCCACUGAGUGAGCUUCCAGAGCCUGAGCAGGACAAUGGCGGCACCACAGAGUCCGUGAAAGAGCAGGAGAUGAAGUGGACAGACCUGGCCUUGCAGUGCCUCCACGAGAACGUCCCACCGGCUGGAAACUGACCCUGGCUUUCUUUCCCAUGGAUUGGGUUUUCAAAACUAUGUAGAUAAAGCAUGUUUCCUCUCUCUCUCCAAAUUCAGAUCUUUGAGUAAUAAAUCAACACUCAAAAACA